UUUAAUUUGAAAUAGUUUGUGUGUGUUCGUUGUCACCGAUUGCUGCAAAAUCUUACUCGUCUAAACUAUCUAUAUUUCUUUCUAACUAUGUAUCUAUGGAUGUGAAUAUCUCCAUUACGUCGAGUUACGUCGAAUGUUGCAUACAGUUUGGCAAACAGUAUCGUGUCGGUAGUAGUCGCGAGCGCUUGAUUUUCAGACGGAUCUAUAUAGCGGCGCUGUGUUUAAUUUUUGUAUGCACAGUGACGACAAGUGUUCGGUGUUCCAUCCUAGAAUAGUGUAAUAACAGUUUGUUUUGUUAUUAUUAUUUUUAAUAAAAAAAAAAAAAAAAAAACGAAAAGAAAAAGUUUAAAAAUUAAAACAAAUAAUUCUUAUAAAAAAGAAAUUAUUUUAUUUAAGAAAGUGUAAAAAUAAUGUUAAUCCAGAGUUGUUGUUAUAAAGUCUAUUUUUGCAUUUAUUGCAUUGUGAGAAUUUUUUAAAAUUAUAAAACGAGGCCUAAUUGCGAGCAUUUUCUGUAAAAGUCUAUGUCGAUGUUUACCACCCACUCUGCCAACACCACCCUCUCCUAUUUCUCGGUAGAGUCAGUUAAGUUUUGUGUCAGUGUAUGUGUGCGUGAGAGAUUUUUUAAGUUGCAUUGUUUGUUUUCUAGUUAAAAUUCGUAUUGUGGACUUGUUGAAUUAUUGGUGAUCAAAGUAAAAUCGUUAUAAACAAAGAAAAAUGUUAUAAACUUAAAAGUAAUUUGACAAUAUAAAAUAAGAAAAAAUUCUUCACUGGAAGGGUUUUUGGCAAAUUUUCUCCAAAAUAUUAAAAUUUAUGUUGAACCAUGAUAUAAAGAGAAAAAGACAGUCUCAUUCUCUCAUUUUGUAGCCAUAUUAACAUUCUGACAACGGUGUACUCAAUACAAGGUGACAUCACUAGCCCAGCUGAUCAUUGUUUACAAGUUUUUAUACAUAGAUUUGUAUACAGUAGAGUGUCCCGAGCAGUGUUGCCAACUCUUGGAGACCAAAAAUUACUAAAAUCAUCUCAAAAAAUAGCUAAGAAAUUACAAAAAGGCUAAAAACAAUGGUUGAACCAGUUUUUUAACAGAAGCACAUCAUUUAACAAAAAAAAAUUAAAAAAGUGAUGUAUGUAUUUGGCAACAUUGGAAUGUUAUAAUAGUCUCAGAAAGAAUUACUAAGAUUGUAUAAACAGGUUCUCAAAAAACUACUGAAUAAUCCUCUGAAAUAUAUACAAUUCAGUUAUUGACAAUUUCCGUGUUUCCUUCUUACAAGGAUGAGGUUUUAAGAGUAGCACUACUUCAUGACAGCAAAAAAAUGUUACAGCGUAAAUCUUCUCCAAAAGAUCUAUAUUGAUUACGAGACAUUUUCAAAUAAUACUUUGCUUUGAUACAAAAUCACAUAAUGUCAAGUAUCAUUGACUAAGUGGAAGUUAAGAAAGCUUUCCACAACUUUGGAUUGGUUGUCUGGGUUUGAGGAUUUCCCUUGAUUGGGAAUUGGUUGGACGGCACGGUUGGAAAGACUGGACGUGCGAGUGAAGAUGAACAUUUUCUAAGAACAAUGACAGAAAUGUCAUCCGGACCUGUACGUGUUUUGAAAAAUAUUAUACGCAUAGUAAAAGGGACAACGUGAGUCCUGGGCACAGGUAAGGAGCUGUGCGUUUCUUUGAUAAAUAUUUUUCAUACAAAACAACAAUCUCUGAAGAAAAACAAAAAAAAAAAAAAAAAAAAUAAAAUCAAUUAAUUUAACAAAUCUCUUGUUAAAUUUUGAAAUAACAAAAAAUAUCCAGAAUGCAAAGAUAAUAAAUGUGAAAAUAAAGUGUUUUCCUUAAUUUUAAGGCUGUGUAGUGUAGGCAUUAGAGUCGUAACGUAUCUGAAUUAAAAUAUUUAAAAUUUUAAAAGAACGGUCGUUUUUAACUCAACUAAAAAUCUUAGUAAAUUUCUAAAUAAAAAAAUAGAAAUCGCCUUAUAUUAAAUAUCAAAUAAAAUCAAAUUCAUCGAAGUGCUCCCAAGAUUCAUAUGUGUUUGUUUUUUAAUAAGAAAAGUAACGCAAUAUCAAAUCAGUUCAAAACUUUCAGUGUUAUUCUAUUGUUAUUUUAUAUGCAAUGAGUUCCGAUGAUUUUAAAUUAUUUAAAUAAAAUUAAUAUGAUAUAGAGAAAAAUUAAAUAAGAAAUAUAAAAAUCAAUUACGACAAAACCGCCUUUGCUUUUUGCCUUUUGUUCCGCGAGCGGAUCCAUUUUUUAUUGAGAUAAAUAUAAAUAAAUAUACUCAUUUUUGUACAUACAUAUAAGCACACUUUUUACUCACACUCAGAUAUACAAAUAAAACAAUUUGCUUUAAAAUAAUGAAAAUAUUAUUUAUUUUCAAUUAAAUGAAAUAAAUCAAUUAGUAAAUACUAAAUUUUGAAAAGUAAUAAUAAUUGAAAUUGUUUAUCAAGUGAUCAAUUGUUGCCUUUUUCUCUCUUAUUGAAAUAUUUUAUUCAAGAGAAAAUAUAUAAAUAAAUAUACAAAUUAAUAUCGUUUUUGUUCAUUUGUCCUGGCUUGUAUUGAUAGCAACAUGGACAUGAAGAUUGAACAUCAACAGCAAUCAACACCCGUUCAACCGGAAAUGGCAUCGCCCUCUGAAGUGCCAAACGAUCCAGGGAAAAUGUUUAUUGGUGGACUGAGUUGGCAAACAAGUCCAGAGAGUUUAAAAGACUAUUUUAGUCGUUUUGGUGAAAUUUCAGAGGCAAUGGUUAUGAAAGACCCUGCGACGCGAAGGUCGAGAGGAUUCGGCUUCAUAACUUUUAGUGAUCCAGCUAGUGUAGAUAAAGUUUUAGCGCAAGGUACACACGAAAUAGAUGGUAAAAAGGUUGAUCCAAAAGUAGCAUUUCCCCGAAGAACACAUCCCAAAAUGGUGACAAGAACGAAGAAAAUAUUUGUGGGUGGCCUAUCAGCGCCCACCACACUGGAAGAUGUCAAAAGCUAUUUUGAACAAUUUGGUCCGAUAGAAGAUGCUAUGCUUAUGUUUGAUAAGCAAACAAAUCGACACAGAGGUGAGUCAAGUUACUAAUAUUGUAAAAUAAAAUAGUUAUACAUUUGUAUAUUCGGCGAAACCUGAAUUUUGGCAUACUAUUGAUAUAUCCUCCCCAUUUUAACAUGAGCUUGUCU